UUUUUUUAAUUCUGAGAAUGGAGAAAGGAGGUGGCAUCUGAUAAGAACUAGAGACCUCCGUUCACUUCUAUUUUUGAGGAAUUACUACAUCUUGGAGUCACUGAGAGGUAGCCACUCAUAUUACCCUCAAAUUUAAGUCCAGAAUGACUUCUCCUACUAAGGAAGGAAGUGACUCAGUUGAUGAAUCCCUGAAAAAUUCAGAAAAUGAAGCUCCUAAUACUAAAGAUGUAGAGCCUUCAUUCACUAAUCCAGAUAUAAUCCCUCAGGGGGAUAACGACACAAUGAACAGGAACCAAAAUGUUCCAAAUGUUCAGGAGAAUACUGCUGCUCAAGCAGCAAAAGAUAGUGAUCUUGAAGCAGAGAAGACUCAAAAAGAUCCUCAAAAAGAAGAUUUAAGAAAAGAAGAACCCCCUCUAGUUCAGAUCCCUAUUCCUAGAAAGUGGGUAUUUCUUAUGCCUGGAUUUGGUAGAAUUACUGAUUUCAGUAUCCCAAUAGGAAAAAAUGAUAGAAAUAAUACCUUAAUAGAUGGUGCAAGAUUUUUCCCAGGAAAAGUGGAAAUGAAAACAAAUGAUUUAUCUCAUGGCUUCAUAAAUUACAAAAUCCCUCUCCAGCUCUCAGUUUCAUGGAGAGUCCCAUUCAUUAGCAAUCAUGAGAUGAGAAGAAUGAUUCUUCGCCUUCUCUGUGGGAGACAUUUCUCUCAGAUUGCAGGUCGUCAAAAUGCCACAUGGGUUAAGCAAAAAUUUAGGGCAUUUCUUCCUCGCCCUAACUUCCUUACCCAUGGAGACAGGGCUAUAAUAUUUGGAAGGCCUUUAAGGGUGUACUACAAUCGUCCCCUUCUUGACAGAAUGGCAUCAGGAAAAUUCUACAAACCAACUGAUACUAAAGGAAAAGAUGGAUUCCACAUUUUUGUGAGGCCUGUGUUCUGUGUCCCAUGGGCACAAAUUCAAAACUCAUUUAAUGGAAAAGCUUUUGAGGAUCACUUGAGAUCUCACCAUAACAUGAGAAUCAUUAUCAUAAGCACCAAUACUGGCUGGAAAUACAUAUGCCCCAUCUGCGGGAACAGUUUCAACAGCUUAUUUGAAUUUAGAGAGCAUUCCUGCAGUUUUCCCAGGGAUUAAGAUAUAUUUGAGAUAGAUUUUCAAAUUUAACCUUAAAAUCAUAAUUUGGCUACCAAUUUGAGAAAAAAAUUGCAUGAACAAAUAUUUUAGUAAUAAUAAGUGCAGUUACAGAAAGAAACACAAAAUGACAGGAUAUACUAAAAAUAAAAACAUCUUCAGAAGAGAAGAACUAUUAAGAAACCAUUUGUUACAUUAUUCUGUUUCAAAUAUAUCAUCAAAAUAUUAGAUUCCUGACUUAUAUUGGGUCAGUAAUCAAAGCAAGAAAAUGUUUAUACUUUCUUACAUCUAUACCUGCAGACUGAAAGAUUUACUAUUAUAAGAUUACAUAUUCAUUGGAUUCUAGCAAUGGUAGACAUAUGUAUUGAUGGGCUAGACAAAAUACUACCAUGUGUUUCUAGAGACUGCAAAAUUUAAUA